AUGUCGUAUUUGAGUCCAGCAAAUAGCGAAGGAUAUCCAGGAAAUAUGUUAACGCAGAUUAAGUACUCUUGGACGGAUAAUAAUCAUCUUCGAGUUAACAUUCGAGCCACUGCCACACAAUCGACACCUGUUAAUAUCACUGCUAAUUGUUUGAUGAAUCUUGCUGGACACGCAACUGGUCCAGACGAAUUAAAAAGGCACAUAGUCUCCCUGAACGCCGCAAGUUGGACGUUCGCGGAUAUCAAAGACAACUAUUUGCCUACGGGUGCUAUACAUUCGGUUGAUCGAACAGUCUACGAUCUACGUUUACCGACACGGCUCACCAGGAAGAAGCUUUACUGUGUACCAGGAGGCGGUUAUAACCAGAACCUCUGCAUAACCAGCCCCAGUUGCUGGGUCUACCGAUUUCACGCUAGGGUUUUGCAUCCCAAUUCGGGGAGAACUAUGGAGAUAUACUCGAACCAACCUGGCUUGCAAUUCUCCACUGGAAACGAUCUACCAGAUCCCGAUCGCGUUUAUCCCCCUGACUUUGAGGAUUAUUGCGACAACUACGAUAAAGUUGAACAAUUUUAA